AAACGACACCAGAUAGUGGCACACGUCACCUGCUCUGCAUGCUUGAGUUGUCAGUCACAAUUUUUUCGUCGUUUGCCUCUCAAAGAUGGAUAUUCGCAACUACUUCACUGGGGCUCGCGAUUCAAACGAUGGAGAUCUAGCUAAAGAUUACCACUCAAUCCACAAGCAUCUACGGAGAAGUCUCCACAGCAUUCCUCCUCCUCCACCCCGAGCCUCAGGACUGGACUUCCUUCCUGAUGUAGGGAAUCAACAGUUCACCUACUUGAUUGGUCUUGAGGUGAUUGUGCAGAAAAGAUUGACAGAGACACAGAAUGUCUCACCUAAGCAAAGGAAACAUAAAGCCAAAGGUGCUUUGAGGAAGGAGACGGAUCCUCCUCGCUAUGACCCAUAUACCUGUGAUCAAUGUUUGACUGACUUCACCUGUCAGUGGUGGUGUGUGACGAUAAGCACAGCCAGAGGUGGCCAGCUGUGUGAUCAGUGUAAGACCUCCAAAGACAAGAAGGCCAUAGUGGAGGCCCACACGUCUAAGAUGGAGGACGCCUUUGAACACGCCAAGCAGAUGAAGCUAGAGGCCAAGCAGCGACUCCUGCAGGGCCGGUUACAGGCCAUGCAGCUACCUCAGUGCAGUCAGCGGAUAUAGAUUGGUGUGCUUAAACACAGUAAGCAUUACUGUGAGCAUAAGUACAGUUUCUUACAUGUUACAAAGUCACAUUAACUUUGUAAGAUUAUGUUUAUACAGAAUGCACUCUCUCUUGUUGAGAUAUUUCUGAUGAUGUUCUUGUUAAGAUGUGUGUGGUGAUGUUAUGACGCCACUUCAUUGUUAUACUGUAUGUUGCAUACAUCCUCAUAACCUUAAAGCUACCGUGACUGGGUUGGGUUUUUGCACAUUGCACCAUAUUAUCCUUGUGACUGUGUGUUAUCUUUGAACAUAAUUUUGUUAGUAGAGGAAAUUAUAGCCAUAACCCUGGCUGCUUUUUGUUUAUUAGAUAUUAUGUAUUAUUUGUAUUAUGAACUUAAUGAAGUAGCAUCUGAUGCAUUUCAUGACAUAGGAUGGAAUAAUUUUAUAAAAGUUAUAGGAUGGCUGAGUUUUGUCCCUUUCCCAUCUUUGUUGAUG